AUGGACGCCGCAGGACUGCCGCAGCAGAGCAACAGCAACAACAACAAGCGCCGCCGAAGCGAGGACGAGGACGAGGAGCAAUCCGACAAGAAGGCCGAAGCAGCAGCAGCAGCAGCGACCACGAACACGACCACGAACACGAACACGACGACAAUGGCAUCGAGUGGCGGUGGUGAUGCAGGCGAUGCGGGCGACACGACUACGGCGACGACCGGUGCUGCUGGUGCUGGUGUUGGUGCUGGGGCUGCUGCUACGAGUGCGACGGGCGGUGCUGCGGAUGGCAGUGCUCCGUCUGCUGCGGCGGGCGGAUCGAAGGCCGCUUCCAACUCCACGACUGCUCCUGCGACCACUGCUGCUGGACACCAAGUCGGCUCAAACUCAACCGUCACUCGACUGAUCCAGGCACCAGCGUACUCGUCAUUCCCGUCCACGCAGGUGCUGGCGGAACAGACCCACCCGCUGUUGGUGCCGAGCUUUGCCGCUUGGUUUGACUACAAUGCCCUUCACACGAUCGAGCGCCGUGCGCUGCCCGAGUUCUUCAACGGGCGCAACCGCUCAAAGACGCCCGAAAUCUAUAUUGCGUAUCGCAACUUUAUGGUCGACUGCUACCGCCUCAACCCGCUCGAGUACCUGACCGCGACUGCGUGCCGUCGAAACCUCGCUGGCGACGUCUGUGCGAUUCUUCGCGUGCACGCCUUCCUCGAGCACUGGGGCAUUAUCAAUUACCAAGUGGAUCCGGAAGUACGGCCAUCACCCGUCGGCCCGCCGUCAACAUCCCAUUUCGGCAUCGUGUACGACACUCCUGCCGGCUGGCAUGCCGGCCCGUCCUUUACCUCGCUCGUCCAAGCCGCCAACCACUCCUCUGCCUCUGGCACCGCAAACAGCACGAGUGCUGUCAGCGAGACUGCCUCCUCGGGACCAUCCGUGGCAAGCGUGGCGGCGGAUUCCGUUGCCAGCAAUGCCGCAACGAGUGCUCCCGCAACACCACGAGGCGGCUCUCUGCCAUCCCUCCCUCGCGGCGACACGUACCACGGCGCGAACAUCAAGUGCGCAAGCUGCACAAGCGCCUGUGCCAGUGGAUUCUAUCAGUCGCAGACUCAGGAUGUGCGAGUGUGCGGGACGUGCUACUUGCAAGGUCAUCUCCCGGCCUCCUUGAAACCAGCAGACUUUUCGCGAGUAGAGACUGCCGAUCUGACCGAGUGGAGCGACGAAGAAACACUUUUGCUUCUGGAGGGCAUUGAGAUGUUCAAGGAGGACUGGAACAAGGUUUCAGAGCAUGUUGGCACGCGGACACACGAGGAGUGCGUCUUGCGGUUCCUCCGACUGCCAAUUGAAGAGCCAUUCUUGGAGUCUGCGGCCGGCUCCUCAUUGGGUCCGCUAGCACACCAACCCACGCCGUUCAGUAGCGCAGCGAAUCCCGUCAUGGCCACCAUCACCUUCCUUGCUGGCAGUGUGGAGCCGGCAGUCGCAGCGGCUGCUGCUCGCGCUGCCAUUGUCGCGGCUGGCGGCGCUCCCUCCGAGAACCUGUCCAACGGCGACCACAAGCCAGUUGCAAUGGAUGUGUCGGAUGAGACGUCUCGCAAGGCCUCCAAUGUGUCGACUGCUGCUGCCACUGCUAUCGCGUCCGCUGCCGUGCGAGCAAAGGUUAUUGCACUUGCUGAAGAGAAGAAGGCGUACGCCGUACUCGGUCACUUGCUGGACACCCAACUACGAAAGCUUGACCUCAAGCUCAAGAAUUUCGAAGAGCUUGAGGCGAUUGUUGAGAAGGAGCGACAGCAGCUCGAGACUCAACGGCAAGCCUUGUUAGUGGAGCGACUUCAAUUCCAAGCGGAGAAGCUUCGUUUUGCUGAGAGCAGUCGUGCAGCGGCAGUCUCGUCCACUUAA